AUGGCUGCCCAGGUGCCACCUGACGUCUUGGGCACCGCUGUGGGCGUCCUCGUUUACAGCUUGAUCUGUCUCAUCAGCGGCUUCUUUCUCCUGUGGCUGGUCUGGGUCCACGAGGAGCGCAAGAGUUACGUCGCAGAGCUCAAUAUCACGGGCGCGUCGACCGGCUUGGAUCUAGUCUUGUUCUACAUCCAAUACUACUCCUACAAUGUGGAAUCUCUGCUCGUGUUCUUUUGGGCCGUCGAGCUGGCAAACAGCAUCUUCCAGCUUCGCAUCACCAAGAUAUACCGCUUCCACGCGAGCCUCGUCGCCAAAGCGAUAGCCGCCCUUCUGCCCGUCGCCCGGAUGGUCCUGCUCCGCUUCAGCGGCAUCGACAAGAGCACCGUAGCAUUCAUGGCGUUAGCCGACGCCAUCAGUGCGAAGGCCUUAUACUCCUGGCCAUCCUGUGUCGUUAUAUUCAUUCCCGCAUCACGCUCGCCUCCUUGGAAUGUCGGAUACGCCCGCCAGCAGCAGUCUGCCUCGGGAGGCGCUUACGGCGCACGCUACGGCCGGCCCGUUCCCAAAAAGACCAUCUACGACGACAGGUGGCUGGUCCUUCGGUUUAGCGUCGCCUUUUGCGCACUCAGUCUCUUCCAAAUCGUCGUCGUCAAUUUCCAGCUCCGCGCGGCCGCGACCAACAACCGCGCCAACAUUCCCCCCGAGCUCGACCUCAGCGCCACCCGCGCCCGUGGCGACUUUGCCCUCUUCGCCCCGGCCCCGUCCGCCGUCCUCUUCGCCAUUCUCGUCUUCGCCACCAGGCCCGGAACCGGGGCGGCGUCGUGCUGGGGUUGCCCGACAUGGGUGGCGCUGCUGGUGCUGCCGGCGGCGGCCGUAGCGGGAGCAGGAGGGAGGGAGGUGAUGGUCCUUAGUUGGGUGAGUGGCUGA